AUUUUCAUGUUAAAAUCUUCACUUUAUGGAUGAAAAAUAUAUUUCUAUUGAUCUACAAGAAUAAAUAUUUCAAAAUAAAAGUGACGAUAUGUACAAGAAAAUAUAUUAUGUACUUAAAAUUAGAUUAUAUCAUAACUGUACUAAAUUAAAUAUACAUUUAUUGAGAAAUUUUUAAAUAUUUUUAAACAAAAAUAUCCGUCGUUAUUUGUGACAAAGCUAAGUAGGCUCAGUAAAACACGUGUAUAGUUAUCGGACAUUCUACGCAUGCAGAUGAACACGUAGCCAUAUACGUGUUAAUUGUUGAGGCCGCCCAAGGAUACGUGUAUUCAUUCUUGUUAUUAUCUUAAAACAUGCUCCCAAAACAACACAGAAACAAGAAAUAGCCUGAUCUUGAGAAAUAAUAGUAGAAUCCUAGAAUGAUGAAUGGUGUGGCUCUUCUUCUCAUUUUAACAUCACUUGUUGGUGGAAGCUUCUGGUCUCCAACACCACAUGAAAAUGAUCCAAAUCCAAAUGUUGUCAUUAGGGAAGGCCAUCAAUCUGUAGUGGUCGAAUAUGAUCAACAAGGCAAAGAUGGCAACACAAAAGUCUCAAUAUCCCCUCAUGAGGCAGAUAAUUCAAAAGAAGAGGAGACAAGUACUCACAAGUUUGGCCCGAGAGAGCUUGUUUGUGAUGCAUUUGGCAAGUGCAAACAUAAGAUUGCCAAUGUUCUAGGGAAAGUUGGAGACAAGACGAAAGAAGAAGUGUUGAAAGGUGUAGAUAAAGCUAAGGAGGUUAUUAGUGAAGGGAGUGGUAAGCUGAAAGAUGGAAUUGAGAAUAUAAAAGAGAGUGAUGUAGUGAAAAAGCCAACUAGAACAAUAGAGAGUAUUGGGAAGAAUACGGAAAUGAAAGAGGUCAUGGAUGAAGGGAAAAGUAAACUUAAAGAUGUUUAUGAAAAAGCAAAAGAGGUCGAUGCAGUGGAUACGCCCAAGAGAGUAGCUGAAGAUGUUGAGAGGAAUAUGUCAAAGGCGAUGGGUUUUGUGCAAAGAGUUGUGAAAGGUGGUGCUUCUAAGUUGAAGGAGGAGGGUAAGGAGAAUGCCAACCGCUUAGGAGAAAUGGCAGAGAAAGUAGUAGAUGGUGCUAAAGAUGGUGGUCAUAGGAUGAAAGAAACCGCCAAAAGGGCAGGAGGAUCAGCUUCGGAUAGUUUGAAAGAAGGUGCUCAUAUGGUUAGAGAGAUGGCAGAGAAAACUACUAUCAAGACGCAAAGAAGCAUAAGAGAAAGGUUGAAAGACAUGUUAGUAUAUUCUGGUGGGAUGAAUUCAUUGAUAGGACUUGUUCAUUUGCUUGGCUUUUCAAUGGCUUUUGGGAUGUCAAUGUGGGUGACUUUCGCUUCUUCUUAUAUUUUAGGAGACGCCCUACCAAGACAACAAUUUGGCAUGUUGCAAAGCAGAGUAUAUCCUGUUUAUUUCAAAGUCCAGGCUUGCUCAAUAGCGGUUGCUUUCUUAGCCCAUCUCUAUGGAAGAAGGUAUUUGCUAAACCGUUGGGAGGUGAUUAAUGUCACCAACAUUGUUAUAGCUGUUCUGCUGUCCUUGGUUAAUUUGCUUUAUCUGGAACCUCGUGCUACACAGGUGAUGUUUCAAAGGGUCAAAUUAGAGAAAGAUGCAGGUAGAGGGAGAGUUACAUCUCGAUUAACCUCUGGAAUAGCGGAUGAUGCUGGUGAACCGGUGACGGCUACCACAGAAAGGCAGGAAGAAGUUCAACCUGAAACACAAACUUCUGUACUCAGCGAAAAACUGAGGACACUGAACAGACUAUCCUCCUAUGUUAAUGUACUCACAUUAAUGUCACUUUCCCUCCAUCUAGUUUAUCUUGGACAGAGAAUUCAAGUGAACUAGAGAAUUCACUUGGCUAGCUAGUUUAUGAUCUAGUUGCUACUAGUAUGGUGUAGGCCCUUGGGGUCGAAUUUUCCAGCUACCUUGUUUGUAAUAUGGUAUGUAGUCUAGUCUGCUUAUGAUGUUCAGAGGCAAUGUUUAUGCAGUGUAGAAGGUUUAAGUUGUGUUUUUGUAGUUUGUUGUGUUGAAGACAUUGUGACUGUAAUGAAGUGUUCAUUCUGUUUCCAAGCAU